AUGGAUCCAAAUUGGGAUGUGGCCAUUCCUGCUGUGUCAAGCACACUCAAUCACAGUUUUCACCAUUCUAUCAAAAUGUUGCCUCACGAAGCAAACUACGGCAUGCCCGCUGGGACGCCUUUUCACGUCCUAACACCUACAACCAUUUUGUCAGCUCCUCUUAAGGACAUAGUGGAUACUAGUACUAGUGCAUGUGCCGUUGAGAGUGUAGCUCGUCACCAUCACCUGCGGUCAGUUAUUGUUUACGUGACUGCUCCCUUUAUUGAUAUGUCACAUCCUUUGAUCAAGAUCCUCACCAAUCUAGACAACGUUCUUUUCUCCUUGCUCGACCUCGAUGAACUGUUUUUGGACUCUCCCCUCCGGCACUGGUACCAGGAGAGACGCUGGCUCAUCAACGAAGGGCACCAAUGCAUCUUUAUUUCCGACGCCUCCAGAGCUGAGAUCCUGAGAAAGUACGGCGGUACUUAUCGUGGAUAUUGGAUGCCUUGA